CAAAUCUUGGAAAGAUUGGGUGACAAUUGAGAAAUGAGGAGAGUGAAGGGUUAAACCUAAAGUCUCAUGUAAUGGAGUUUCAGUUUAUUUCCAAGGCCUUUCGGUUGUAGAGGAAAUAAUGAUUGUUGGAAGAUAGAGCCUUGUUAACUUGUAAUCUUGAAAAGAAUAUAAGACCAAAUGGUGGUUUUGAUAUUUUUUUCAGCAAAAAAGAAAAGAAGUAAAAUACAAAUUUUAAAAAAGUAAGCAAAUCAUUUGGAAAAUCUGCAGUCGAGCUGGCUCGAUGCUGCUCAGCCCAAUGCACCAUCAUCACUCAGUGACUGGGUUGGACUUUCGCUGGACUCUCUCUUCUCUCUCGCAGCAAUGAAACCUCUCUCAACUGCUACAUCUUUUGGAUCUGCUUUCCCGUCUGCGUAAAGGCAAAGACUCAUCUCCAAUCAUGUCUUUGUCUUCGUAGCUGAAAUUGCAUAGAUCUGGGUGUUUCAAUUCGAGCUGAAUGGAGAACAGCAAUCUUAGCCUUCGCUUUCGCAAGAUUUCUCGACAGCCUGUUGCGCUUCCGAAGCUUGAUCCCUUGCUUGAUGAAAAUCUGGAACAGUGGCCGCAUUUGAGCCAACUGGUCCAGUGCUAUGGAACUGAAUGGGUCAAGGAUGUGAAUAAAUAUGGACACUACGAAAGUAUUCCACCUGCUAUCUUCCAGAAUCAAAUAUUCGAAGGUCCCGACACUGAUACUGAGACAGAAAUCCGUCUAUCCAGUGCCAGGAGUGCAACAUUUGAUGAAAAUGUGACCAGCACAUCGGGGAGGCAUUUUGCUGAUCCUGGCUCUGCCAAGCAUUUUGGACAACCUCCCCUCCCUGCUUAUGAACCAGCUUUUGACUGGGAAAAUGAGAGAUCUAUGAUAUGUGGCCAGAGAACUCCAGAAACUCUUUCAGCUCACUAUUCCAGUGGAUUGAAGAUAUCUGUUAGAGUUUUGUCUCUAUCUUUCCAGGCUGGCUUAGUUGAACCAUUUUAUGGCUCACUUUCAUUGUACAAUCAAGAGAGAAAAGAGAAGCUGUCAGAAGACUUUUAUUUUCACAAGUUACCGACAGAAAUGCAGGAUGCGAACACCUCGUCUGACACUCGUGGAGUCUUCUAUCUAGAUGCCCCAUCAGCAUCAAUUCAUCUGCUGAUCCAGUUGGAAAAAACAGCAACAGAGGAGGGAGGAGUUACCACUUCUGUCUAUUCCCGGAAAGAGCCUGUGCACUUAAGUGAGAGAGAAAAGCAGAAGUUGCAAGUCUGGUCCCGCAUUAUGCCUUACCGGGAGUCGUUUGCCUGGGCAAUUGUUCCACUGUUUGAUAAUAGCAUCACGGCAAACUCAGGUGGGUCAGCUUCACCUAGUAGUCCUCUAGCUCCCAGUAUGUCUGGGUCGAGUUCCCACGAGGGUGUCAUUGAACCCAUUGCAAAGAUCACAUCGGAUGGAAAGCAAGGUUAUUCAGGUGGAAGCUCUGUCAUAGUAGAAAUAUCCAACUUAAACAAAGUUGACGAGAGCUAUUCUGAGGACACUAUUCAGGACCCUAAACGCAAGGUUCAUAAACAUGUUAAGGGGGUUAUAAGACUCGAAAUUGAGAAACACCAGAGUGGACAUGGUGACUUUGAGAAUUUGUCUGAAAAUGGCAGUUUGACAAAUGACUAUUUCGAUCCGACAGACCAUCUUGCUGACCUGACACCUAUGAAGUGUCCAAGUACUGGUUUUGGUGGACCUCGAAGUAGUUGCUCCAAGCUGAAUUUUGAGGAUACAAAGGAAAUACGAAGAGACACUACAAGUGCAAGUGGAAGUCUCGACUUAAAUUGUUAUUAUGCUUUUGAUUUCUGCGCUACAACAAGAAAUGAGCCUUUUCUGCAUCUUUUUCAUUGCCUUUAUGUGUAUCCCUUAUCUGUUGCUUUGAGUCGGAAGAGGAAUAUUUUCAUUCGUGUGGAACUAAGAAAGGAUGAUGCAGAUGUCCGUAGUCAACCGUUUGAGGCAAUUUAUCCAAGAGAGCCUGGUGUGGCACUCCAGAAAUGGGCUCACACACAAGUUGCUGUUGGAGCUAAGGUUGCUAGUUACCAUGAUGAAAUCAAAAUUUCCCUUCCUACCACAUGGACGCCAUCUCAUCAUCUAUUAUUCACUUUCUUCCAUAUUGAUCUCCAGACAAAGCUUGAAGCUCCAAGACCAGUGGUGGUUGGAUAUGCAUCACUUCCACUAUUGACAUAUAUCCACUCACGCUCUGAAAUUUAUCUUCCGGUCGUGAGGGAACUGGUUCCACACUACCUUCAGGAUAACACCAAAGAGAGGCUGGAUUUCUUGGAAGAUGGCAAGAAUAUUUUCAAGUUGCGACUGAGACUUUGUUCAUCGUUGUAUCCCACUAAUGAGCGUGUUAGGGAUUUCUUUCUAGAGUAUGAUAGGCAUACCCUCCGGACAAGCCCACCUUGGGGUUCAGAACUGCUGCAGGCAAUAAACAGUUUGAAGCAUGUCGACUCCACUGCUUUGCUUCAGUUUCUUCACCCAAUUCUUAACAUGCUCCUUCAUCUUAUUGGCAAUGGUGGAGAGACUCUUCAGGUGGCAGCAUUCAGAGCCAUGGUGGAUAUUUUAACUCGGGUGCAGCAGGUGUCAUUUGAUGAUGCUGACCGAAAUCGUUUUCUGGUUACCUAUGUUGAUUUUUCUUUUGAUGACUUUGGAGGCCGUCAGCCACCGGUUUAUCCUGGUUUGUCAACUGUUUGGGGAAGUCUAGCUAGAAGCAAGGCUAAAGGUUACCGUGUUGGACCUGUAUAUGACGACGUUUUAUCAAUGGCUUGGUUUUUCCUUGAGCUAGUUGUUAAAUCAAUGGCAUUGGAGCAGGCACGUCAUUUUGAUCAUAGUCUACCUUCAGGCGAGGAUGUUCCACCCAUGCAGCUCAAAGAAAGUGUCUUUCGUUGUAUCAUGCAACUAUACGACUGCCUUUUAACUGAAGUACAUGACCGUUGCAAGAAGGGAUUAAGCUUGGCAAAACGUCUGAAUAGCAGUUUGGCCUUCUUUUGUUAUGAUCUUCUAUAUGUCAUUGACCCACGCCAAGUUUAUGAACUGGUAUCACUAUACAUGGACAAGUUUUCUGGCAUUUGCCAAUCUGUGCUGCAUGAAUGCAAGCUUACAUUUUUGCAAAUUAUCUCGGAUCAUGAUCUUUUUGUGGAAAUGCCUGGAAGAGAUUCUUCAGACAGGAACUAUCUCUCAUCCGUCUUAAUACAGGACCUAUUUCUGACCUUGGAUCAUGAUGAUCUGCCUCUACGGGCGAAGGCUGCAAGAAUUUUGGUGAUCCUCUUAUGCAAGCAUGAGUUUGAUGCUCGGUACCAGAAAACUGAAGAUAAGCUAUAUAUUGCGCAACUAUAUUUUCCAUUUGUUGGACAGAUUUUAGAUGAGAUGCCUGUUUUCUACAACCUAAAUGCUACCGAAAAGCGUGAGGUUUUAAUCGCUGUUCUGCAAAUUGUUCGUAAUCUGGAUGACACAUCUCUUAUCAAAGCAUGGCAGCAGAGCAUCGCUCGGACUAGAUUAUUUUUCAAACUCAUGGAAGAAUGCCUCAUACUUUUUGAGCAUAGGAAAGCUACAGACAACAUGCUUGUGGGCAAUAAUCCUCGUGGUCCUGUCAGUGAAGGACCUGGGUCCCCAAAGUACUCGGAGAGACUUUCUCCUGCAAUCAGCAAUUAUAUGUCAGAGGCUGCCCGGCAAGAAGUGAAGCUUGAGGGAACACCUGACAAUGGGUAUCUGUGGCAGAGAGUUAAUUCUCAGAUGGCCUCUCCUAGCCAGCCUUACUCUCUUAGAGAAGCUUUGGCUCAGGCGCAAUCAUCACGGAUUGGAGCUUCAGCUCAGGCUCUGAGAGAAUCUCUGCAUCCUAUUUUAAGGCAAAAGCUGGAACUUUGGGAAGAGAAUUUGAGCGCCGCUGUUAGCCUUCAGGUUUUGGAAAUUACUGAGAAGUUCUCGUCAUUGGCAGCCUCUCAUAAUGUUGCUACUGACUAUGGGAAGUUGGAUUGCAUUACAACAAUAGUCAUUAGUUUCUUCUCCCACAACCAGUCAUUAGCUUUUUGGAAAGCCUUCUUUCCCGUGUUCAACAGGAUCUUUGAUCUUCAUGGGGCCAUACUGAUGGCAAGGGAGAAUGAUCGCUUCUUAAAACAAAUUGCCUUCCAUCUUCUCCGCCUUGCUGUUUAUCGAAAUGACAACAUCAGAAAAAGGGCUGUCACUGGUCUUCAAAUACUUUUAAAGAGCUCGCUCUAUUUUAUGCAGAUUGCUAGACUGAGGGUGAUGUUGACCAUUACACUAUCAGAACUCAUGUCGGAUGUUCCAGUGACCCAUGCGAAGACAGAUAAUACAUUAGAAGAGAGUGGCGAGGCACGGCGGCUUCGACAGUCAUUAGAAGAAAUGGCUGAUGAAGUUAAGAGUGCUGAUUUGUUGAGGGAGUGUGGCCUUCCUGAUCAUACUCUCUUGACAGUUCCACACAAAUUUACAGAUAACCGCUGGUCAUGGGCUGAAGCGAAACAUCUUUCCGACAGUCUUAUUUUGCCGCUUGAUGCUAGCCUUGAGUAUGCACUUCUGGCAUCUGUGAUGGCAUCAGACAGAUAUACUGCGGCAGAAAGCUUCCAUAAACUUGCAAUGGCUUUUGCUCCUGUUCCAGAUCUUCACAUAAUGUGGUUGUUGCAUCUCUGUGAAUCACACCAGGAAAUGCAGUCCUGGGCUGAAGCUGCGCAGUGUGCUGUGGCUGUUGCUGGUGUUAUAAUGCAGGCCUUGGUGGCUAGGAAUGAUGGUGUAUGGAGCCAGGAUCACAUGGCUGCUUUGCGCAAAAUUUGCCCUGUGGUAAGUGCGGAGUUUACUACAGAGGCAUCUGCAGCUGAGGUAGAGGGUUAUGGCGCUUCAAAGCUGACAGUUGACUCCGCUGUCAAGUACCUACAGCUUGCUAAUAAGCUUUUCUCUCAAGCUGAGCUCUACCACUUCUGUGCUAGCAUUUUAGAACUUGUUAUUCCAGUUUAUAAGAGCAGGAAAGCUUAUGGGCAAUUGGCCAAGUGUCAUACAUUACUUACUAAUAUAUAUGAGUCCAUCCUGGAGCAAGAAUCAAGCCCGAUCCCGUUUAUUGACGCCACUUAUUAUCGGGUGGGAUUCUAUGGUCAAAAGUUUGGGAAACUGGACAAGAAAGAAUACAUAUAUCGUGAACCACGCGAUGUACGGCUAGGUGAUAUCAUGGAAAAACUGAGCCAUAUAUAUGAAUCUAGGAUGGACAGCAACCAUAUUUUGCACAUUAUUCCAGAUUCCAGACAAGUGAAGGCAGAAGAACUGCAGCCAGGAGUGUGCUACCUGCAAAUAACAGCUGUUGAUCCAGUCAUGGAAGAUGAGGAUCUUGGCAGCAGGAGGGAGAGGAUUUUUUCUCUCUCCACUGGAAGUGUCCGAGCUCGUGUCUUUGAUCGGUUCUUGUUUGAUACCCCGUUUACGAAGAAUGGCAAGACACAAGGUGGAUUAGAAGAUCAAUGGAAAAGGCGAACAGUACUCCAGACAGAAGGUUCAUUCCCUGCCCUGGUAAAUAGGCUAUUGGUUAUCAAGUCUGAAUCUCUCGAGUUCUCACCGGUGGAGAAUGCAAUUGGAAUGAUAGAAACCCGAACAGCUGCUCUAAGGAAUGAACUUGAAGAGCCUCGUAGCUCUGAGGGGGAUCAACUCCCACGCCUUCAGAGUCUGCAGAGGAUUCUGCAAGGAAGUGUUGCAGUCCAGGUUAACAGCGGGGUCUUGAGUGUAUGUACGGCUUUCCUAUCAGGUGAGCCUGCAACUAGACUGCGAUCACAGGAACUGCAGCAGCUAAUUGCAGCACUGCUUGAAUUCAUGGCUGUGUGCAAGAGAGCCAUCAGGGUUCACUUCAGAUUAAUAGGUGAAGAAGACCAAGAAUUCCACACCCAACUUGUUAAUGGAUUCCAGUCUCUUACCGCGGAACUGUCACAUUUCAUUCCGGCUAUUUUGUCUGAACUUUAGAGUUUCCAAUGUUUCUCCUGUUCUUUUAAGUCUCAUUUUGCCUUUGAUUUUGUGUUGUAGAAUCUAGUUUCCUCCACCCGCCUGUAUCCAAGUCAUAUCUUGUUGUAUUUAUCUGUAUUGAUCUUCCCCGUUUAUAUUUUGUGCCGUAUGAACCAGUAGAAUGUAAACCACAGUUUUGGAGGGCAUUUUAUGGACUAGGAAUAUUUCAAGGCAAUGGCUCGGCUAUGGGGAAAGAUUGAACGUC